UAGUGUUAGUACGCGAACAUCACCGCCCCUCGCUCAUCCAUGCUACCUCGCUUCCCUCUUUAUUGAACUCUUCUCUAGGAGCCCCGUGCCCAUGGCGUGCCCUUGAUUGUUCUCUGUGCACCCCUCUGGCCCCUCCCCACACGAGGGCCUACGAGAUAAUUGAAAAAAUAAUAGUGAAAAUGAUGAAUUUAGUGAUUUGGACGAGCGUGUUGUGUUGGCUGGGAGGAUGGGCACUGGAGCUAGACACAGGGUUAGCCGCAGCACCUAGGAAGUGUGAGAGGAUUACUAUACCCAUGUGUAAGGAGAUGCCCUACAACACCACCAGGAUGCCCAACCUCCUGGGGCACUUCAGCCAAGCAGAGGCCGCCAUUCAAGUUCACGAGUAUAUGCCGCUGGUCGACAUUGGUUGCAGCCGUAACUUGAGGUUCUUCCUGUGCUCACUGUAUGCUCCCAUGUGCUCCCCUGUUGUGGCCACCCCAGUCCCGUCCUGCAGGUCCAUCUGCCUUGAGGUCAGGCAGAAUUGCCUACCAGUGCUGCAGAAGUUCAAUUUUUCAUGGCCAGCAGUUCUGGAUUGCUCUCGUCUACCCACUCCUGAGGAUAAUGGCCUCUGUAUGGAACCACCCAAUGCAACAUCAUCCUGGCUUCCCCGGGAGCAUUCUGGGUCCUCUCGAACACUCCAUCCUAUCAAUACUCGCAUGUCUCCUGCACCACAGGACCCUUCUAAGGUAGCUUGUCCCCCUCGGCAAAUAUGGGUGGAUAGCAGAGGUGUUGGAAUGUGUACACCUAAGUGCAACCAAGAUGUCCUUUUCCGUCAAGCUGAUAAACACUUUGCUGAGGUAUGGAUGCUGGUAUGGGCAGGUCUGUGCUUUGUGUCGACACUCUUCACUGUCUUGACCUUUUGGCUUGAGCCUGCCAGGUUUCGCUACCCAGAGAGACCAAUCAUAUGCUUGUCACUAUGCUAUCUCCUCUACUGCCUUGCCUACCUGUCCAGGUUGGUGGUUCCAGUGGAGGUACUGUCUUGUGAGGUCUCACAGAAUGGCUUAUCUCAUCUUGCUGUGGAGGGUCUUCAGUCAUCAGGAUGCAUCAUCACAUUUAUUCUACAGUAUUACUUUGGGAUGGCAUCAGGUAUCUGGUGGAUGGUAUUGACAAUGACCUGGUUCCUGUCGGCAGGGAAGAAGUGGUCAUCCGAGGCACUGCAGGCUUAUGCCUCUUAUUUCCACACUGCUGCCUGGGGUCUUCCUGCUGUUUCUACCAUUCUCAUCCUUACUCUUAAGCAGGUGGAUGGAGAUGAGCUUGUUGGUCUGUGUUAUGUUGGAAAUGUACACGAGUGGGCCCAUAUGAGCUUUGUAGUGGCCCCACUGUCCUCACUUUUGGCCUUUGGUACGCUAUUCAUUGCAUUUGGCUUUGUGGCACUCUUCCGCAUUCGUCGUGCAAUCAAGAACGAGGUGAAUAAUUCCCAGAAUAGUGAAGGAACUAGUUUGACCUUAGCUGCCAAAUCUUAUCAAGUAGCAACAAAUGUUAGUAAACUAGAGAAACUCAUGGUACGCAUUGGCAUCUUCUCUGUCCUCUACACUGUUCCUGCUGUGUGUGUUAUUGCCUGCAAUGUAUAUGAAUACCUCAGCCGUCAGCAGUGGCGAAUGAUGGCAUCAGUUGCAGCUUUGCAGUGUGGUGCAGGAUUGCACAGAGGGGGACUUGCACACCAGCAGUAUCAUCGUGGUAUUAGUGGAAGUGCAGAAUGUACACUGGAGGAGAGUAUACCAUCUGUGGAGAUCUUCAUGUUAAAAAUCUUCAUGUCACUAGUAGUAGGCAUCACGUCAGGCAUGUGGAUCUGGUCAUCAAAAACGGUAAUGUUGUGGCGGAAAUUCUUCCAGGGAUUGUGUGGUCAUCGUCAAGCUUUGAGGAAAAAAGAUGGCCAUAUUUAUCAUCCUCCCAACCAGAUGGUGAACAUUGUGAAGUCCAGAAAUGGUCAGCAUCAAGCUGCUCAGAAUCCUAAACAACCACGACCAUUAUCUCAACAACCUACAGAUUUACCACAAUUGCCCCUCAUACUGCAAGGGCCAAUGCCUAUGCAUUUUUCUCAAGUGUGAAGUUACUUGAUUGAAUUAGUUAUUAUUUUGCCUUCUUUAAAAAAAUUUUUUUAUUAUUUAAUUAAUAUUGUUAUGUAAAGUACAAUAGCUUUAAUGAUGAAUACGUUUCAUUUUUAUGUUAAUUUUUUUUUUCUGAAACCAUAUUUCUGUGUUUAGCUGAGUUUGGGUUAAGCUCCAGCUCAUAAGCCUAUAUCUUAACUUUUGAAUUGUUGAUGUGCCAUAGCUCUGUCAUGGUUUCCAUUUAAAUCUGAAUAUAGUCAACUUGUUUUGUACUCUUUCCCAGUUUUUUCGACUUCUUACUACAAUUACACUGUAAAUUAUUUUAAUUAUGGCUCAUUCGAGUUGUCUCUGUCUACUCAUCCUGGACCCAUCCUUUUCAACUAGCUUAUCAUUGUCUACUGUUUCCCCAGAGUAUUUAGCACGUCAUUAUAUCAAAUUUAGUGUCGAUUUUCAUUCCUUGAUAAUUGUGAAGUAAAGUUGUCUUUCAUUUUAGCUCUUCCUCUUGGCUCCAGCAUCAGUCUGAUCUCACCUCUUAACUGUAUAAUUUUUGAACCCCUCACAUAGCUACCCUGUCACUGUGUCAUUGCUUAUCUCCUUCCACUAAUGUUGAAUUAUUUCCUAAUUUUCCUGUGGCUCAUUUGGACAUGUAAUUUCCAACUAUGCACCCCCUGUAAUUUGUUCCUCCAGUGACAUUAUACCUAGUUCUUGCAUUCUUUUUUCGUAGCUCAUUCCCCUCGGCUCAGGCACUAGUAUCUAUGCUCUUCUUUGCACUCUUUCAUGUGUCACUUUGUGCUUUACUAGGCAGGGGGUUCCACACCGCUGCAUACUCAGGAAUGGGUCUCUCAUGAGAUAGUGUGUUUUGAAUGAUUUUGGUAGAUGCACAUAACAUAGUGAUGUUAUAUACUUGACGGUUGGCAUUAUGCAUGUGGUGCUUGCUUGAGACAUGCUUGCCUCUGCUUCCAAAACUUGGUCCAUUGUAGGCAAAUGUCUCGGUUAUAAACUGAAAAUGUCACUUCUAAUCAGUCUGACUUUAUCAAAGAAGUGCAUUAUGCACUUAUUUAUUGAAUGAAGAUUUACAAAUAUAUUUACAAUCUGCAUGAGGAAUAGUAGUCACUGUAAAUGAGGUAAUACUGUAUUAUAUAAGUAUCAGUCUGGAUGCCAAAUUUAAGCUGAUCAGCCAACAAUUAAUAACCAUUUUAGAUUCACUACUUUAUCAUAUAAAAGAUACUUUCUUCUUUCUUUCAACAAACCGGCUGUAUCCCACCGAGGCGGGGUGGCCCAAAAAGAAAAACGUAAGUUUCUCUUUUUAAAUUUAGUAAUUUAUACAGGAGAAGGGGUUACUAGCCCCUUGCUCCUGGCAUUUUAGUCGCCUCGUACAACACGCAUAGUUUAUGGAGGAAGAAUUCUGUUCCACUUCCCCAUGGAGAUAAGAGGAAAUAAACAAGAACAAGAACUAGUAAGAAAAUAGAAGAAAACCCAGAGGGGUGUGUAUAUAUAUGCUUGUACAUGUAUAUGUAGUGUGACCUAAGUGUAAGUAGAAGUAGCAAGACGUACCUGAGACCUUGCAUGUUCACGAAACAGAAAAAUGGACACCAGCAAUCCUACUAUCAUGUAAAACAAUUACAGGCUUUCGUUUUACACUCACUUGGCAGGAUGGUAGUACCUCCCUGGGUGGUUGCUGUCUACCAACCUACUACUUAGAUAUAAAAGAUACAUCACACAAAAAAUCUUAAAAAAUAAUUAUCAAAGUGUACAACUGACUAGUAUAUAACCAGAGUCCACACAGUGCAUAUACAUGCAGCAACCAUUUAGUCAAGACAAGUUCACAGUACAAUGUGUACUCAUCAGCAAGGCAGUCAGAGAUAUUCCAAUCCUAGCACAGGCAGAGUCCACGAAGCUAGGCAAAUACCAAGUCCACUCAAUAAGUAUGCAGAGGCUCUUUCCUGAGACUGAGCCCAAACUAGACAUCCUUAUUAUGUAGUCACACAAGGCAAUGUACUUGUAGGGGUUAAGUCCAGCUCCUGGCCCUGUCUUUCAACUUGCUGCUUGGCAGAUUCAUUCUCUCCCGGCUUGUUCUUAAAACUAUGUAUGGAUAAAGUUUGCUUCCACCCCCUUCUUUGUUGAGGAUGUUCCACUUCCCAACCACCUAGAGAUUGAAGAAAUACUUCCUGAUAUCCCUGUUACUCAUCUGUGUUUUUAACUAACAGCUGUGCCCCCAAGUACCUGUGUCCUGCCUCGCCAAUCGCCUGUCCCUGCCUGCCCUAUCAGUUGCUCCGAGUAUUUUGUAUGUUAUGUCAUCCCUGGUCCUCCUGCCCUCCAAGGUUGUUAUUCAGUCCCUUUAGCCUAUCUUUGUAGGUCAUACCCCUUAGCUCUGGAACUAGUCUAGGUUCAUAUUUUUGAACUUCCUUCAGUUCCUUAACAUAUUUGCUCAGGUGUAGGUGUGGGUUCCAUACUAGAACCCACACCCGAGUGAUAACCCUUUCUCUCAGAGGAAAAAGUCAAUACACAAGUCCACACAGUGGACUGUAGACAGUGGCUGUAGACAGUGGACUGUAGACAGUGGCUGUAGACAGAAGGCAGUGCUCAGUAAUUUGAAGUCCCAAAAAUUACUGUGUUAGUUGUGUGUGAGGCUCUGUUACUUGGGACAACUACCACCUCUCAAUUUUACCUAGGAGAUGGCAAAAAAAAAGGUAAACUGACCUCUGAGUGAGCAUAUAUGCAUGCAUGUAUGCAUGUACAUGUGGGUGGAGGUGUUGGGAAAUGUAAGAGGGUGAGUUAAGUCCUACUUUUGUUCAUAAUGUAGAGAGUGUAAGGGAGAGUAUCAAACAUUUCCUCCAGUUCAUUGAAUGUCAGGCCUAUCAUACAAUAUAAAAAUGGUACGGUAAUAUUGGUUCUCGCAAAGGGCCUGGUCAUUAUCUCUCAUCCGACAGGUCACUUGCUAUCAUAACACAAAUUUAGCAUUAAUAAUUAAAUGGAUACCAAAUUUCCAGCAGUGCUAUGACUCUUUUCAGCUUAGUGCUUUAUUUGAUUACACCAAUAAUAAUAAUAAGAACCAGAUUUACAGAUGAACAUGACAAUAGUGUAUUCAGCGUUUCCUUGUUCAGGUUCCUGCAGAAUAUUCGUCAGUGUGCAAGUGUGGGCUGUACUGUUGAUAUUAUUCUGAUUGUGUAAUUUCAGCGGGAGAGGUUAGGGAUGAAGUCUACUCACAGGUUCUUUACUUUGUCUGCAAGUUGCUCUCAAGCCAAGUGUGUAGGAUUUACAAAACACUAAAGGUUUAUAGGGUCAUUGUGUCUUGUGUAGUUCACCCCAACUAAAUUCAGCUUGCUGUUUUCCUUCAAAGAUCCUUCUCAUGACUGUGGUCUCCUUUUGUAUGUGCUAUUCUCCUGAUUAUCUCAGUUAUAAGUCUACUUCCUCAGUGUGGCCAGAUGUCAGGACUCUGCGACUGAAUGUUCCUAUGAGGGACUAGUCUCUCUCCUCUAUAGGCUUAAUUUAUUCAAGGAAAUUGAAACUUCCAGCCUUAGUUUUUUUUUUUUUUUUUUCCAACAAGUUGGCCAUCUCCCACCAAGGCAGGGUGACCCAAAAAGAAAGAAAAUACUUUCAUCAUCAUUCAACACUUUCACCUCACUCAUACAUAAUCACUGUCUUUGCAGAGGCACUCAGAUAUGACAGUUUAGAAGUCCCUCCAAACUGUAAAUAUCCCAGACCCCCUCCUUUAAAGUGCAUGCAUUGUACUUCCUAUUUGCAGGACUCAAGUCUGGCUAAAUCUAUAAUAACUGGUUUCCCUGAAUCCCUUCACUAAAUAUUGCCCUGCUCACACUCCAACAGCUCUUCAAGUCCCAAAAACCAUUCGUCUCCAUUUACUCCUAUCUAAGACGCUCACACACGCGUGCUGGAAGUCCAAGCCCCUUACCCACAAAACCUCCUUUACCCCCUCCCUCCAACCUUUUCGAGGACGAUCCCUACCCCUCCUUUCUUUCCCUAUAGAUUUAUACGCUCUCUAAGUUAUUCUACUUUGAUCCAUUCUAAGAUAAGAUUUUCUUCGGAUUUUAAUCCCGGAGGGUUAACCACCCAGGAUAACCCAAGAAAGUCCGUGCGUCAUUGAGGACUGUCUAACUUAUUUCCAUUGGGGUUCUCAAUCUUGUCCCCCAGGAUGCGACCCACAUCAGUCAACUAACACCCAGGUACCUAUUUGCUGCUAGGUGAACAGGACAACAGGUGUAAGGAAACGCAUCGAAAUGUUUCCACCCGCUGGAAAUCGAACCCAGGCCCUCCAUGUGUGAAACAAGAGCUUUAGCCACCAGGCCAUCUAAAUGACCAAACCACCUCAACCCCUCUUCAGCCCUCUGACUAAUACUUUUAGUAACUCCACACCUUCUCCUAAUUUCCACACACUGAAUUCUCUGCAUAAUAUUUACACCACACAUUGCCCUUAGACAGGACAUCUCCACUGCCUCCUCGCUGCAGCAUUUACAACCCAAGCUUCACACCCAUAUAAGAGUGUUGGUACCACUAUACUUUCAUACAUUCCCUUCUUUGCCUCCAUAGAUAAUGUUUUUUUUGUCUCCACAGAUACCUCAAUGCACCACUUGCCUUUUUUCCUUCAUCAGUUUUAUGGUUAACCUUAUCCUUCAUAAUCCCAUCCGCUGAAAAGUCAACUUCCAAAUACUGUAUCUGAAAACUUUCGCUUCUUCCAUACUACCUCUCUCCAGUGUGAUAUCCAAUUUUUCUUUAUCUAAAUCAUUUGAUACCCUCAUCACCUUACUCUUAUCUAUGUUCACUUUCAACUUUCUACCUUUACACACCCUCCCAAACUCGUCUACUAACCUUUGCCACUUUUUUUUAGAAUCUCCCAUAAGCACAGUAUCAUCAGCAAAAAGUAACUGUGUCAACUCCCAUUUUGUACUUGAUUUCCCAUAAUUUAAUCCUACUCCUCUCCCCAACACCCUAGCAUAUAUUAAACAACCAUGGUGACAUUACACAUCCCUGUCUAAGACCUACUUUUACCGGAAAAGUAAUCUCCCUUUCUCCUACACACUCUAACCUGAGCCUCGCUAUCCUCAAAAAAACUCCUUACAGCAUUUAGUAACUUACUACCUAUUCCAUACACUUUCAACAUCUGCCACAUUGCUCCCCUAUCCACUCUUAUCAUAUGCAUUUUCUAAAUCCAUAAAUGCAAUGAAAACUUCCCUACCUUUAUCUAAAUACUGUUCACAUAUAUGCUUCAAUGUAAACACUUGAUCUACACAUCCCCUACCCACUCGAAACCCUCCUUGCUCAUCUACAAUCCUAGUCUGUCUUGCCUUUAAUUCUUGCAAUAAUAACCCUCCCGUACACUUUACAUGGUAUACUCAGUAAAUUUAUUCCCCUAUAAUUUUUAGUCUCUUUUGUCCCCCUUCCUUUUAUAUAAAGGAUCUUUACACGAUCUCUGCCAAUCCCUAGGUUAUUAAACAUUUAUUAAACAAAAAUACCAACCACUCCAACACUAUCCCCCCAGUUUUAACAUUCUGUCAUGAUCCCGUCAAUUCCUGCUGCUUUACCCUCUUUCAUUCUACGUAAUGCCUCGUGCACCUCCCCCACAUUCACAUCCUGCUCUUCACUCCUAAAAGAUGUUAUACCUCCCUGACCAGUGUAUGAAAUUACCGCCUCUCUUUUAUCACUGACAUUUAAAAGUUCCUCAAAAUAUUCCUGCCAUCUACCCAGUACCUCCAGCUUCCCAUCUACUAAAUCCCCUACUCUGUUUUUUAGCUGACAGAUCCAUUCAUUUCUCUAGGCUUUCUUACCUUGUUUAUCUCACUCCAAAUUUUUCUUUUAUUUUCAGCAAAAUUUCUUGCCAGUGCCUCUCCCACUCUUUCAUCUGCUCUCCUUUUGAACACACUCACCACUCUCUUCACCUUUCUUUUACUCUCCAUAUACUCUGCUCUUCUUGCAACACUUCUGCUUUGUAAAAACCUCUCAUAAGCUACUUUUUUCUCUCUUAUCACACCCUUUACUUCAUCAUUCCACCAAUCACUCCUCUUUCCUCCUUCACCCACCCUCCUAUACAUUACAUGCAUAAAAGAUAAAAUAUAUUUUUCAGGACAGGUUAGUUUGUGGUUUUCAGUAUUGUGGGACCUCUUAAGAAUGUAACCCCCUCCCCCAUGCAAAUUUGUAGGGAAGAUUGUUAGCUGAUAUCUCUCAGGUAAAGUUUUUCUUCAGUGGCUUAUUGGGAUGUCAGUCCUCUCGCUCUCAUAUCACUGUUAAUCCAUAGACCCGAGAUAAUGGGUAUUCAUUAUGGGGCCAUUUCUCCCAUCUAUGGUUCAAAUGAUUUUUUUUUUGCCUGUGACUACAUUGUAUGCCUGUAAGCAUAUAUUGUAGGCCUGUGGCCUUAUGUAGUAUGUUUAUGGACUUAGUGUAUGCCUUAUGAUCCACAUAUGGAUAUAAUAUUGAAUUGUAGAAUUCAUGUUGGUUUUUUCAUUUAGUGACAGUAAUUUGCCUUUUUUUAUUUAAGAAUGAUGGGUUAAUGUUAGCUACAAGCACCAAUCAGGCUCAUUAUUAUAAAAAAUUUGGAAAAUCACAACCUGUUUAACAUUCCACUAACAGGAUAUCUGGUCAUCUGGUUUGCAGUAAAAUGUAACUUUACCUUAAAUAUUUUCCAAAGAGCUCAGUGUAAUACAAUAUUAGUGUAAUGUGUUUUAGCCUGCUAUAUUUAUUAUUACUGUAUUGUUAUACACUACAGUAUUCAUGGAAAAUCUUAAAACUGGAAAGGGUCAAAGUGCUAACUGCAAUAUAUACAGUAUACUGUAUAAAGUUUAUUAACCACUUCAGGGUCUGCAUCAUUGUUCUACGGGUUUAAAGUCAGAGUCCGUGCCGUAGUACCACGUGAUGAGCUCAGCUCAGCUCAGAUAAGCUGUGAGUGGUAAAUUUGGGCCUAGAUAUGAGAGAAUGGGUCUAUGGGGUAAGUGUGCACCAUACAAAAAAAUCCUGCAGCACACAGGCAUAAUGAGAAAAAACUACAACCAUGUUUUUGGUUUAAAACUGCUACUGCGGUGUAUUUUCAUAUAGUAGUUCUUACAGUUGUAUUCAUGGUUUUUUGUCUCGUUAGAUAGAAGAUACAUGGAGAUGACUUUGGUUAUAGGAUUAAAAAUAGCUUAGAAUUAAGCUCAAAGUAAUGGAACUUCGAUUUUUGCCGAUGUUCAAAAAUAAACGAAUCACAUCAAGCAUCCAAUACACAUCAACUGGUGGGUCUAAUAUGUGUUCAUGAAUAUGCUGAUAUUAUUUACAUAAUUAUUGCAUAACAGUAAAUCAUCAUUUUGUGUGUGUGUGUGAAUACAAAAUCAAAAUGGAAUUCAUGUGUAAAGCCUGGAAACAUAACUAAAGAAUAAAGGAAAUGUUAUUUUAGUGUCAGAAAUGCCUGCUUUAUUUAUUCUGGACCCUGUUUUGAAAUUUGUGUGAAAUUGGCCAAACUACCAAUUUCUGAUCACUUCAUUGGGUAGUUGAAAUAGUUGAUUGGGCAGUUUCUUGUGCUCAGUCAAUAAAAUAAAGGCAUACUAGGAAAAUAGUUAAGAAUUUGGUUGAUUGGAACAGUGUAAUGACCUAAAAUAGGACGUAAGUCAUUGAUGCGUAAAUAUCGCUGACAGCAAAAUUUGAGUGUAAUUUACUCAGUUUUCCAUCAGAUUUCGUACUUUUUGUUUUAUUACCAUCAGAAAAAAAUCCUGUACCAUUUUAUAAGAAAUAACAAAUUUUUUUUUUGAAAAGUCUUGGACCCUAUGGACAAGUUUCAGAUUAGGGGUUUGGACCCUGAAAAGGUUAAAGGAAUAGUAAAGUGUCAUUGCUCUCUCUGGAUUCAUCAUAGAAUUUUUUUUUUUUUUU